AUGGCUGGAUUAUUUGAGAAGGUGAUUCUGCUGGCAGUGGUGUCUUUGGCCGUUUUGACCACGGUGAAGUCUUCGCCAGUGGUGGGACCAGAGCCUAUCCGUUGUGCUCCGUGCACAGAAGAGAAAAUGAACGAGUGUCCAGCCAUCCCUCCGGGCUGCAAACAGGUGCUGAGGGAGCCAGGCUGCGGUUGCUGCAUGGCCUGUGCUCUGGAACUGGGGGCAUCCUGCGGGGUUCACACAGCCCACUGUGCCGAGGGUCUCCGCUGCACUCCCAGGCCUGGAGAGGCCCGACCUCUGCAUGCCCUGACCAGAGGACAAGGCGUCUGCACUGAAGACCAGGGUCAAGGUAAGGAAGCUGACAGAGACUCUGAUCACGGCUCCCUGCAGUACCUCUUAGGACUCAAUAACCCCUCAGACUUCUAUGACACUGCUGAAGCCCAGGAGAGUAUCAAGGCCAAGGUUAAUGCCAUCCGCAACACACUGGAACAGCAGGGCCCCUGUCACAUUAGACUGCAUGCAGCCCUGGACAUGAUAGCCAGCUCUCAGCAGACACUGGGAGACAAGUUCACCACCUUCUACCUCCCCAACUGUGACAAGCUCGGCUUCUACAAGUCCAAGCAGUGUGAGUCAUCCCUGGUUGGGCCGCCCGCCCGCUGCUGGUGUGUUUCUUCCUGGAAUGGGAAGAUGAUCCCAGGAUCGAACGACCUCCCUGGAGACUCAGAGUGCCAUCAAGAACUUACUCACUGAUGGACUGUUAUCACUCAUAAACCCAUAUCACACACACACACAUACACAGAAACACACAUAAAUACCCACACAUAAACGAAAAAGUAAAUGUUUUGC